UUAGCGUUGCAACGCAAAACAGCAAGCGACACGAACAGGAAGAAGACUUCACAUAGCUGUGAGGAGGUCUUUCUCAUUGCUCCUCUGGUCUCCAUCUCGAGUUGUGAUGCCUCCUGUAAGGAGAUGAGUGCAUGGCCAGUCGUAUAUAGCCUUGUUCUUUGUCCUGAAAUUCCAUGGUAUCCCAGCGUCUUUAAAACUAGGAGGAAGCCCUUGGUAGUAAAUGGCCACCGCGACUGAUACAGAACAGAAAGCCACAACAUGGUGCAACUAUUUCUUUCUUUAUGAUACGUCAAAAGUUAAAGAAGAGGAGGAUCCAACAAGAGCUGGUAUCUGUUACUUUUUCCCUUCACAGACUACUGUUGACCAACAGGAAUUGCUGUGUGGGCAGAUAGCUGGUGUAGUUUGCUGCAUUAAUGAAAUUUCUGGAUCACCGCCCAGUUUAAUCCACUUGCGAAAGCUGAAGUUUGCUAUCCGGUUGGAUGGGGAAUACCUCUGGGCUCUUGGAUGUGCCGUAGAAGUCCCUGAUGUGAGCUGUAAGCGAUUUCUGGAUCAACUUAUAGGCAUCUUUACAUUUUACAAUGGAUCCAGUAAGCAUGUAUACCAGGUACAGAACCAAGAGGAACUCGCCCAUCAGUGGAAUCUGUACAUGGAGCACAUUCAACAAAACAGCUGUGACCUGCACCAGACUUUCAACUCCUUAUGUAACCUGGACAAGACUGAAGUGGAUCCCCUGCUGCUGCUCAAAGCUGCACUCAUCUUACAGACUUGUCAGCGCUGCCCAGAGAUCCUGGCUGGUUGCAUCCUUUAUACAAACCUAAUUGUCAGCACUCAGCUUCCACCUGCAAUAACAGCAAAAAUACUGGCGUAUCAACCCAGUGUUAACAGUCAGAAUCUUCCUGAGAAUACAGAAGAUGCACCGUUACCCAAGGAUGUAACAGUUUUGACUGUAUUUGUUACUAAAGAAGAGUCUGCAGCUAUGCGGCAAUUCCCAGUUGAAUGGAUGCACGGGUUAGUCGAGUCACCGAAGCCAGAUUUGACUGACAAGGAGAUUCAGAAUUGGCCUCUCUCCAGAGCACUGUCAGCCAAUUCAAAUGCUGAGGAGAUGAAUGGUGAGGUCAAGCACUCUGAGGUGGAGUGCAGAAACAGCACUGAGUUUGAGAACCCACAUCCAAAUUCCAAAGACAGUGAUAGACCAGCAGAUUCCAUGGAUCUUGCCCAGAACUACAAAGAAGAACAUUCUAUACAGCUUCGUUCAAUGGAGGUUAGCGACAAGUCUUCAAUGAGUGCAAACUCUUAUCCCGAGAAUAAAAUCCCAUUUCCUCCCACUCCUAAAGCCUGUUCCCCUCUUAGCAACUCUUGCUUUUCACUACAAUUGGAUGAGGAACAGCCUGACUCAGUUUCCAAGGAUCUCUACGUGGAAUUGAAAGAAAGUGGAAAUAAUGAGCACACUGAAAAAGUAACAACACCACCUGAAAGAAUUAGUGGUUCCUCAGAUAUAAAUUCCUCCAGUAGAUUCACUAUCUCUGACUCUCCAAAAAUGCAACUUGUUUCUGAAUCUAAAAAUGAUGAGAUACACAAUCAGAAAGAGGCCAGUGUCACCUCUCCUGUCACUGUCCAAACUGUACCUUUACGACAACAUAGGAAUUUACUGCAUGGUGAUGCUGUCUUGUCUCAAGGAAUCUUGUUUAGAGACUCAUCUCACCUUUCACUUCGUACAGAAUAUAGAGAAGAGGGUGCAGAAAUUGAGCAGACUUCAACAAUUAAGAAUGGAAGCCUGGGUGAACCCAACGACCAUGGAAAGCUGGUGAAACUGAAUUUGUAUGUUCAUGUGGUGAAAGGAUUGGUAAUGUUUCUUCUGACUGAAGAUGGAUUUAGAGCCAAUCGCAGUGCUAUUGAAGAUGUUUAUCACAGCACCCUGGCAUCUUUAAAUGGCUUAGAAGUUCACCUGAGUGAGACGUUACUCAGCAAGAGCUACUGUAACUUACUUGGCUACAACUUUGCACAUUAUGACUGCGUUCAGCAUGUACUCACAGCUCAGCUUUCCUCUGGUGAUCAGAAGGGUCACUUCAUUAGAGCAACGGCUUUGAUGCACACUGACUUGGACCACAACAAGACCACUCAUGAGAUGAUUGUCCGGAACGCCUCCACUGCUGUUUACAGCUGCCAGAACCCAGCCCAGGAAACUCACUUCCAGAUCCUUGCAGCUGCCCGCAACUCCGGCGUUCCGAACCCUCGCGACAGUGCCUUUGCUUUGCCAGGACGAGCCAAGCAGAAACUACUAAAAUAUGGAGUAAACCUGCUCUGAGUCACGGCAAUCUCACAGAUUUCCCAGCAGUGUUACACGGACAAAUGCUUACACUUUUUAAUUGAAAAGAACAAAUGGUUCUUUAAGUCAUACGCUUGUCCUACCUGAGUGUAUUAUCUAAUGGUUGUAUCAUGGGCUGCGUGUUCCUCCAGUAUAUUUGCUUAAAUGUACUAAUAAUUGGAGAUUCUUAGGAAUUUUCAGUGGGGAUGAGUGUUGAAAGAAGUAAAGAAACACAUCACACAGCAUGCCUUACUUGAAUCGAGGUUUUCUGACAUUGUGCAUGAAGAAUUAAUGGACCAGCCAAAACCAUAAAUAAGACUAUCUGUGUGUUGAAAAAUAUACAUGGCUUUUAAAAUGUAGAAAACUCCUAAACAGACAUGGAAUUUAUUUUAAUAUCCUGUCCACACACCUCAUCUUUUCAAUGGUUUUGAUUAAAUGUGGUUAAAAUUUGUCAUUCAGCCAUAAGAAGAAAGUUCCUAUUUAUUCAAAUUUGUGGAAGUGUUGAUUCCCUACAACAUUUCUGAUCUACCCCAACUUCAGCCUGAUAACUUGGAUUUAUGUAGUGCCUUUAAUGUAUUCAAAUGACCCAUGGCGCUUCACAGGAGAGUUAUCAAAUAAAAUUUGAUACUAAACUACAUAAGAAAACAUUAAGAUGUAAAUAAAAGUUUUGUUAUUUCAGGAGAUGGGUUUUAAGGAAAAUAAUUGGGGCAUGGGUGGUUGGGCAGUGCAGUGCAGAAUUUCAGAGCUUAAGGCUUGCUGAAAUAUCUCAAUUUUCAACAUUCCUAUUCCUAUGUAAAUGUUAGGAACUCAAGACCACAGGAUGUAAGUUUAAGGAGAGGAGUAAGUGGUUUAGAGGAGAGCUGAGAAAAGGUCUUUUCACCCAGAGGAUGGUUGCAAUAUGGAAAGUGCGGCCUGAGAAGGUCAUUGAGACGGACACUCUCACAACAUUUAUGAAGCAUCUGGAUGAGCACUUAAAAUGCCAGAAUAUGGUAGGCUAGGGAUCAAGUGCAGGAAAAUGGGAUUAAGUGUUGUUUGUGUUUGUUGGUCAGUAUAGACAUGGUGGGCCGAAGGGCCUAUUUCUAUGCUGUAUCACUCUAUGACCUAGGAGUGGGAGUAGGCCAUUUGUCCCCUUCAAGCCUCCACUGCCAAGAUCAUGGCUGAUCUGAUUGUAGUCUCAACUCCACUUCCUUGUCUGAUUGUCAGAGACCUUGAGUCUCUUGAAAAUCUAUUGGAAUCAGCCUUGAAUAAAUUCAAUGGCAAAGCCUCCACUACUUUCUAGGGAAGAGAAUUCCGCAGACCAAUAAUCCUCUAGAUGAACAAAGUCCUCUCAUCUGGCUCUGAUCCUCAAACAGUGUCCCCUGGUACCAAUCUCUCCCAACACUAUUGCAAUACUAGUAAAAUAUUGUUAAUAGUUUUUUUUUAAUCUUUUUUCUCUGGGGAAAUUCUAUGGAUGCUGACAACCUUCUGAUCAAUAGUCCAUGUGUUCACUCGUCCUGUUGAAUUUUCAAUGCUUAAGGACGUUACAAUUAACUCUGAUUCAACAAUCAGUUAUGUACAUCUUUCAGGGGUGAGAAGUACUUGACGUCUCCUUGUCCCCAGCCAAAAGGUAUUGAAGCUACUAUCAACACACUGCCUUUACUGAGAUACCAUGAAACUUCCAUUUCUGUUCAGUUUUGCACUUUACACAAAUGCUGUAGCUGGUAUGAGAGAUAUUAGGAAUUUUGAUAGCUAGUAAUGGUAACUGAUUUUCUCAAUGUUUAUAAGUAACUUGAGAUUUAUCACUAAUUGAAGAGUGGAAUAAAGGAGAGAGAAACUAUACAUGCCAUUUAUACUAAAUUGAAAACAAUAACGUACAUAUAUGAAAUGUAAAAUGUUUUAAUUUUUGGGGUGGUGUUGGUGAGAAUGGAGGUAAACUAUAGAUGUAUAUCUUACUGCUGAAUGGUCCUGUCGAAAUGCAUUUCACUUUUAGACACUUAGCAUCUAUUAUGGCUUACCAGCAAUUUGUUGUUUACAUUUUUACUUCUCAGUUUGUUACUUGCAUCUUGGAACUGCUGAAAGUUUGAGAGACCCGGAAUCUAAGUUAAAGAUUUGUCUUACUGACAUCUGCAAGGUCGUAACCUACAGUUUGCCCAAUAUGAUGGGGAGCCAUAUGGAGAUACUCUGCAGGUAGUCGGUAAUUUAAUACUCAAAUCCUGGAUCUGGUGACUAAUUGACCUUUGUGGUGAAAAGGUGUCUCUAGCAGGCUAGCGAUUCACUUAUCCCACGUUGAAUUCAUUAGAAAAGUAAAUUGACUGAAGCAUUGCACUUAUGACAAACUAGAGGAAGGUCUCUUAGACUUAAUUAUACACUGAAUACAUUAUUCUAGCAUUAUGCAGAGAAUAAUAGAUUGAUGGAACAAUUCACUGGGAGUUCAUUGAACAAGACAAUAUAAAUUAUUUUUAUAUGUAUGUUUGGAAGCCAGCAGUAAUUGGUGGAUUUUGUGAUCUGACAGGUAGCUGAAGUUGAAAUAUAUUGUAAAGAAAUGAAUUUGAUAGGGUUUGGUUUUUAAAUCCUAAAAGCUUUUGAGCUAGGUUUUUUCCAUCAUUAUAGUGUGAUGGAAAUUUAAGCUCAAUAUUCUCUCGUUUUAGCAUAUUAACCGAUUCUGUAAGUUUGAGUGUACCACCUUACUGCUAUUCUUGUGGUAUGUACCAAUAUUUUCUCCGCUGCUGUUCUUCAGUAGUAAACAAUGUGCCACAGCUAAUUGUCACUCUAAUGCUGACCACAGUACUGUGACAACCACAUGGCAUCUGUGUCCUCCUUGUUAUUUAAACUUGCUCCUCCUCAUCUGUUCAAUCUGCUGUCUACUGUCAUCCCCUCAGCCUCACUAGCUGAGGGAAAAGGAUUGUGUGGUCUAUAUUUUAAAACCCUAACUCCACCUAAUCCAACUAUAGUAUCGAUGGCUCAGUGGUCAGCACUGCUGCCUCACAGCACGAGGGACCCGGGUUCAGUUCCACCCUUGGGCAGCCAUCUGUGUGGAGUUUGCACAUUCUCCCUGCGUCAGUAUGGGUUUCCUCCAGGUGCUCUGGUUUCCUCCAGGUGCUCUGGUUCGCUCCCACAAAGAUGUGCAGGUUAGGAGGAUUGGCCAUGUUAAAUUGCCCAUAGUGUCCAGGGAUGUGCAGGCUAGGUGGGUUAGCUAUGGGAAAUGCACGGUUACAAGGAUAAGGUAGGGGGUCGAGUCUGGGUGGAAUACCCUUUGAAGGGGCAGUGUGGACUUGAUGGGCAGAAUGGGCUGCUUCAACACUAGGGAUUCUAUGAGUCUGUAGUAGACAUGCACUCCUGUUAUACUUUUAAAUUUUUACAACUUUAGUACAAGGUUGCACUAUUGGAAAAUACUGUAGGCGCUACAAUUUGGCUGAUGAAUUACUGUUAUACAACUAAAUAUUAGUUAUAUUUCUUAACUGUCAAAUUGUCUCAACAAUGCAGGAUGUUUCUUCUAAUGGUACAUUGUAGAAUUUUAUACGAAAAAUCUGGUGUAUGUAAGCUUGUGUAAAAUGCCUUCUGGGUUUCAGCUCAAGGUGCUGUGUUCUCACAUCUGUGCAAUAAAUUAAAUAUACACUGCUCACCAAGUGCCUUUCUUCAAGCAAAGUAUUAAAUUGAG